GGUACCUUCAGCUCCUUCGCGCAAGGGUUGAGUCCUUUUUUAUUUUUUUUAUUUGCUGCCGUUCAGGAUACCCCAUGCGUCGUUCGAGACAAAGACAAAAUCCUUUGAACACCGAUCUACAGUACACCCCUACGGAUUGGCUACACUCCUGCCGAGUGGUCCCUCCCCGGACUGACUAGCGAUGUCACUGCCGCCCCACCGCUGGCGAGCCCCUCGCCAUCAUCAUCAUCAUCAUCAUCAUCAUCAUCAUCAUCACCACAGAUCUCGCUGGCAGCACUCUCAGAUGACUAUGGGCACGUGAACGAGCAGUCGUCGGUGUGUGAGCUGCGCCUCGGGGUGCCGUACCUUGAAGAGCUCCGGCGCACCAGGGCAACCUACUGCUCUGCCGAGUCGCAGUCGCAGCUGACCUGUUUUCACGUCAAGACGGCAAAGGACCGGACCGACUCUUUCUGCAUUGGGCAGGGUGCCCGUUUCGACCAGGCCAGCAAGAAAUUCAAGCUGGACUGUGAGACGAUCGAACCAUGGGGGGUGGAGACGAACGAGUCGUCGGUCUCGCUGCACAGCUUCAGCAGAUAUUGGUACGAGACAGGGCCGCGAGUGGUCAUGGACAAGGCAAUCGAUCUGCGUGUCAACAAGGAUGUGGACCUUUCACCACAGGGUGAUAACAACAAGCCGGAAAAGUUCACAGUCCUGAUCAAGCGGGAGGGCGAGCUGAACCCGUGGCAUUGUCUGCUUGAGAUCCUGUCCCUCAGCCUGAGCAUGGACGUUCUCCAGAUGUCACCACGUGAUGGGGAACAAGGACCCGCCUUCUUCACGCCUCUGGACGCGGAAAACACGCAGGUGGUGAUCCUGGACGAGAGGAAGGAUGGCCCGUACUUUGACCUCUGGCAGUUGUUUGCCAAGAAGCCCAUCGUCCGAAUCAACGAGCUUCCAGCAGACGACGACGCACUAGCCGGCAAUGUGAUCAUCCCUCUACCGGGUGCCAGCAAUCCACUCUGGCAGGGUGACUGGGACCCAAACCCAUGCGCCCACUCUGACCUCCUCCGAACCUUUUCCUGGAGGGUGCUUCAUCACUACGACAUCCCGGACACCCUCGACGGGGAAGACAAGGUGGUUGUCACCUUCAUCGACCGACGAGAACAGCGCAGGCUCGUCGACAUGGACCGCCACCUGGCCGCGCUGCGGAACCGGUACAAGCACGCCGUCAUCAAUGUAGUCGAUCUCGCCGCCUUGCCUUUCCCAGAACAGAUCCGACUGGUGCGCAACUCGGACGUCCUCGCCGGCGUGCACGGGGCCGGGCUCACGCACGGCCUGUGGAUGAAGGAACACUCGGCCAUGGUCGAGAUCCUGCCCGAGGUCCUGAACCACAAGGGCUUCCGGAACUUUGCCGGGGCGCUGGGACAUGACUAUUUCAGCACACACGGCACCAAGCCCCCUGCGGUCUCGGGCAGCUGGCAGCAUGAUGAUGUUGCUAUCGAGGAGGAGCGGUUCCUCGAGGUCAUGGACCUUGCGAUCAAGAGCAUGUACAACAAGGGUCGGAAUAACUAUGAUGUGGAUAAAUGAGACUGGUAGACUUUCUUCACUGAGGCGUUUUGGGAGUCUGGUAGAAAUAGAUACCAAUUUGACGCAGUUACUGCUAUG